CCUUCUCUGCGCGCCCUAAUGACGUUUUUAGCAUGCGCCAGAGCAGCCUGGGCUCUGGAGCUGGCAGCAGAAGCGGAGGCAGGCGGACAGAGAUGGCUGCGCCCACGGAGCGGUGCCGCGGCGGUGGCGGAGGCUCUGUCGGGUGUUCGCCGACGGUGAAGCGGUUGCUGCGGCUCUCAGUGCUCCUGUUCUCCGUUUGCUCCCUGCCGACGGUCUCUGCGCUAGUGGAGGGCCUCUACUGCGGCACGGAAGUCUGUUACGAUGUGCUCGGCGUCACCAGAGAGGCCACCAAGGCGGAGAUCGCCCGGGCUUACCGGCAGCUGGCUCGCAGGUACCACCCGGACCGGUUCCGACCUGGAGAGCCCGGCAUGGAGUUGGAGACCGAGGAGUCCGCCCAGCAGAAGUUUCUGCUCGUCGUGACCGCGUACGAGACGUUAAAGGUCGGUCCAAGUCCGUACUAGAGUCCCUGAAGUUUUCUCAGAGAGAUGACUGCUCAGGCAACGACUCCAACUUUCUGUCUGUUUCUCAUCUUCAUCACAUCCUUAUUACUCCUCUUCAUUAUAUUAUCGUUUUGUGAUGUAUAUCACUUUCUCAGAGCUGCAGAGUCCUAAAUCUUCUGGGAAAAGACAAAAAAAAAACUGUUAUAAAACUUUAGUGCUGAUAUUAGUGCUGGCAUCUACGGUGGCUCUGAGGUGCCAAACACUUACAAACAUUUCUUUUAUAACACAGGAACUUCUUACUGUAGGCAAAUGGAUUGGUGCUGAUUCAGCUCUCUUCCAGCAGCAGCUUGUUUGUAGUGAGACCUCAGGCCAGUCCAGUACGGACUGCUGUGGGGUGCCACAGCUCAAGGAAGAACAUUUAUGAUCAUUACUUUAUCAUUUCCUUUAAGUAAUAAUCACCAUAUUAAUCAUUUUGUACUGCAGACGCGGUAGUUCUUCUGCCUUGGCAUCUCGGUCUGAUUGCAUUUCCAUAUCAUAUCUAUAGAAUGGCUUUUUGGUUUGAGGUUUGUUUAUGGCUCCUUAGACCGCUGUGUAUUGCUAUCCUGCAGUCGUUACUAAAGUUGGUAUGACUAGAGAAUCAAGCGGUCGGCAACAUUCAUCUCUCCCUAUCUAUACCUAUCAGUAUUUAUUGGCCUGUUUUCCUUGUGCUUACAAUAAUAGUAUCUGCGUACCCCCCUCUGUUUUAGUUGUAACUAGUUGCUGGCUGCCAUCAUUCUUUGCUCUUAUGCUGUCUGGUGUGUAACUUUUGCUUGAUUAGCAACAUAAUGAUUAUUUGAUGCCGUUUGUCUCAUCACUAACCUUAAAUAAAUAGAAAUACUGUCUUGAUGUCUGUACAGGAUGAGGAGACUCGGCGGGACUACGACUACAUGCUGGACCAUCCUGAGGAGUAUUACCAACACUACUACACCUACUACCGCAGACGGCUCACACCCAAAGUAGACGUCAGAGUGGUCAUCCUGGUGACCAUCUGCGCUAUCUCUCUUUUCCAGGUAAAGUGCAGCUUUCAACAAGGCCGCUAACUACCCUCAGCUCCCCAUUAUCGCUCACCUGAAUUGCAGUGAAUUUUAGAACUUCACAGAUGAGCACAGUCCGUGUUUUUUAUUUAACGGCGGAGAGCUUUUUACUUUUUUACUUUGGUCCAAAACAGUGUGACUUAAUGCUGUUAAGUUUUUUGUAAAUAAACUAUUUGGGUUAGAUGAGAAAACAACCAAAAAGAAACCCUUUAAAUUGCUCCACUUCUUUGUCAUAGUGCCCUAUUAAACACACAAUAUCUAAGACAUAUAACUAAAAUAAUAACCUCUCGAUUAUCUGGAUUUAUGUGGAAAUCAGAAGUGUUUAUAAAUUGGUGCAUGAGAAUGUCCCUCUUCCUUCUCCAGUACUGCAGCUGGCACAGCAGCUACAACAAGGCCAUCAACUACCUGGUAACCGUCCCCAAGUACAGACUCCAGGCUACAGAGAUCGCCAAGCAGCAGGGCCUCCUCAACCGCACUAAGGAGAGGGGUAAGAACCGCCGCUCUAAGGAGGAGAUCCGAGAGCAGGAGGAGGAGGUGAUCCGUGAAAUCAUCAAAACUAAGAUUGACAUUAAGGGAGGCUACCAGAAGCCCAACCUGUCGGACAUCCUGCUCUGUCAGAUCAUCCUCUUUCCCUACUACUUGACCAACUACGUGACCUGGUACGUGUCCUGGAUUUACCGCUUCACGAUCUGCAGGGAGGAGUAUGGAGACGAGGAGAAGCUCUACAUCAUCAGGUCAGCCGUGUCAGAAACUUGAGCUUAGAUACAGCGUUGUUUUGUUUUUCUCCUCUAUAUCAUAACUCUUCCUUUUAACCCUCAGGAGGUACAUGAAGAUGUCUCAGUCUCAGUUUGACGGUCUGGACGAUCACAACAAAGAGACCUUCCUGGAGAAAAAACUCUGGAUCAAAGAAAACUACGAGGUGUGUUUCUUCACUCUGUCAAACCAUUCUUUCUCUUUUAUUCAUUUGCUCUUGAACUCUUACUGAGUUAUUUUCUGUCCGCCCUUUUCCCUCCUCUCUCAAUCCUUCAUUUUAUCCACUUAGUAAAUAAACCUGCCAGAGGCGGGCCCGUAACCUUCUGGCAAACAGCUACAGUGUGCCCGCCCGUAAGCCAAGUCAGCGGUGCCUCUGAUUUGUCGAUCCCGUAGCCUUAAUAACAUUGACACAAACGUGUUUGUUUUGGCUGUAACCAGGCUGUAAACUUGUUUAUUUUUGCUCUCACAAGUUGACUUCUCUAGAUUAGUGUAAACAUGGUACACAUGCUUCCAGUGCGUCCGCAGACAGCCCCGAGAGGGUACAUUGGGAACUGUUUUCUGUCACCUCAGCUUCGGCUACAUUUCACAAAACUGGAGGGUGGCGCUUGGUUGUGAUUGGAAAACUGUGCUUUUAUUUUGAAGUAUAAACUACUUGGGGCAGAUGGUGAAUGACACAUUUAAAUGAAAAUGUGAAAUAACGAUCUGAAAGUGUAAAUGUUCUGCUGACUAACAUGAAAAAACGCAGUUCUUUCAUAGCACUUACUAAGAAGGUAUAAACCUUGAAAUCUUUGUUUUUUAGGUGUACAGAAGGGAACAGGAGGAGGAGAUGAAAGUGAGGAUGGCAACUGACCCGAGGAUGAAGAGGUACAGACGCUGGAUGAAGAACGAGGGGCCCGGCCGCCUCACAUUCAUCGAUGACUGAAUGUCACAAGCUCCUUCUGUGACAAACACGCCUGCCUCAGUGCCAACAAAGUCGGUCACACGCCGUGCUGUGUGGAGAAACGCCUGUACAGAGAGUCACCUACGCCUGUUUAUACAGCCAGAGAUAUUUUCAUAGCAAUCAGGACUCACGCAGACGAUGUCAAAGUGGAAGAACUGUGAGCAUGGGCUGCAGAUUUUUCACUAACUUUUGAAAUCACGUUUCCUUUUUUUUUUCCAAACCAACAUUUCUGUUUUAUUUGUUUUAUUUCAAUAAAGAUUAAUGUUUUUUUUUUCAGUGAUCCUCGCCAGCUAAUUUUUGUUUCACCUGCUGGUUGGGUCAGGUAGAAAGGUCAAGUGUUUAUGCACGGCACCAUGCAACAGGAAGGCUACCAGUUUGUCCGGCAACGGCCAGUAAAACUGUAAAAGUGUCCUUGGACGAGGUCUCGGACUGCCGUCUGCUCACUCUCUCUGUAUGCUGCUUCAGAUUGUCAGCUAAAAAGGCUGUUGACUUUUGUUGUUUUAAUGAUGAAUAAACCAGGGCCAGAGACUUUUUUGUUUCU